AGCAGCUGACUUCCUCAGCGCUCCAGUUGGGGAUAAAAGGUGGCGCAGUAGCAGAGAGAGAGCAGAGCAGCAGAAGGAACGUCAGGAUCACUGAGCUCUGGGACUGUCAGUCGGUAAACAUUACAGUGUGUCAGCGAAGAAGAGCAUCUGAAGCCCCGCCCCUUGUGGUGCUGAGACUGGUGAAGGGAAGAUAAGGAUCUAGCAGAGUGGGAGACAACACAGGAAAUGGACGCCCAAAUUGCAAAGACCACCCAGAGUCUGACCACAGCUGCAGAAAUGAGGAACACCACCCAGAUGUUGAUGCACCCCAAUGCAAACUGGGAGGAGUACCUGGCUCCUGCUCCUCUCUCCAUCGCCAUCAUGGGGGAGCUGGUCUUCAUCUCAUCAACAACUGAUUUCUCCAUCAACAAGAAUCCCCCAAAAGAUGGAUUCAAGUUCAUAAAGUACCCAGACUCCUUUAGGGCUAGUCUCAUGCAAAUCAGUAACUCAGCCUGGCACGCAUUCAACUUAGCCCACAAGAACAUGGAUCAAAUCCGGAUUCAUACCUUCACUGUUCCAGAUUAUAUGAAAGCAGCAGUCAAGAUUCUGUUUCAAGGAAAUGAUGAAAUCCUUGAAACUCUCCUCCCAAACCAGCUGGAAAACAUCCGCAGUAUUGCAGACGAAUGUGUGGUGCUAGCAGAAAGCGUUGAAAAGAAGUAUGAAGAUGUUAUUAAUAUAAUCCAGGAGCUGCUGGAAGCCUGCAUCAAUGCUGAACACUUUCAUGGAGAAGAGCUGGAGAAGGUCAGGAUGAAACUUGAGGAGAAUAAGUUGAAGGAACAGACUGCAAAGGAGCUAAAUGAACGAUCCAAGAAAGCAAUGGAGGCCAUGUCAAAGGAGCUGGAAGAGACACAAGAACAGUACAAGAAGUCCAUGGAUUCCAUACCAACAGGGUGGGAGAUGAUUGGCAUGGAUUUUGUUGAAGGAUUGACAACCUUCGUGAAAAUAUUAAGUUCAUUUCCAGCUUACAUCAACAAGAAGGUUAAAAAAAUGACAGGUGGCUUGGAAAUAAACUUCGAUGAUGAUGAAGAUGACGAUGUAGACAUGGUUUCAGAAAUGAAAAUUUUGAGCAGGUCAGGACCAAUUCUAAAACUCACAUCAUCAUUCAGUCAGUUUAUAACUAAAGAAGGGAUCAACUGGAAAGAGAUCUAUGAUCAGAAGAACAAGUGUGCAAAGACUACAUGGACUCAAGAUCAGUUUGAAAGAAUUCAUCAUGAGUUGAAGGAUCUUUCAAAUAGUAAACUAAAGGAAACUGCUCUGUGUCUCUGCCAAAGAGGGAUUGACAUCUGUGAACAGUUGGCAAUAUAUGCACCAGAUCAGGAAUGUGAUCAGAAAACGACACGCAAGCUGAUUAAAGACACAAAGAAGCUGUAUGAAGAUGCUUUAAAGUUUGACUCUAAGAGCAAAAAAAUGUCUGGUUCUCCAGCUCUGAACCCCAAACCCCCAAUGAUGUUCAAAGCACAGGAGAACUCUGGAAGGCAGUCUGCCAGCCAGAGAGCAACAGAGAACGCUCGUUUCCGCAUCGAGCAAAGCCGAGAACAACUGAAGCAAACCCGAGACUCGUAUGAGAAAGCUGUACAGAACAUGGAGCAGAACCAAAGAGAACUGACUGAGAUCCUGAUUGAGAUGCAGAACUGCAAGAUCAAAGAGAUUGACUUUGACACCACCAUCAAAAUGCUGGUCAAAGGGAUGGAUGCCAUGGGUAGAGUGAAGGAGCAGUGGGAGAAGAUGGUGCGCUUCUUCCAGAUGGUUGCCACCAUUGUGAAAACCAGCCUUGGAACCACGCUGCACAAUUUUGUGAAGACAUCUGAAGACACAAAGAAACUGUCCUACAACUCUAAGCUCUUUGCCAAAGACAUGCUGUACAACCAGGCCUUUGAAGCCUCCAACAUCGCCAGUCUGGUCCACAUGAUCUCAGGGACCUACUGUGAAGUGUCCAACAAGUACCUGAUGGACAGAGUGAGCAGCUUGGGUAAGCUUAUGGCCAUGGACAAGGAGAAGCCAGAGUUCAUGCAAGAGAGAAUGAAGCUGCAGGAGUCCUGCCAAGAGGCUCAAGAUGGUAUCAUGCAGUUGGUCCUGAAGAACAAGAAAGAAUUUGAAAGGAAGACGGAUGCCAGGAUGGCCCAAAUUGAGGGAGAGUUUAAAGCCAUUCUGCCCCCUACUCCACCAAUGGAGACAGAAAGAAUCAAAGAAAUAGUUCAGACUGGGUUUGGAGAGGGAGAGUUUGGAGAAGGAGAAGAAAAUUAUUACUGAAACAAUGGAAUUUCAUACCUAAAGACCUGUAGCAUUAAGGUUGUUUCCUAACACUGAGCGACAUUUGUUUUAGUUGUAAAUCACAGUUUGAGGAAUCCAACAUCUUAAUGGAUCGGCUCCUCAAGGCAUCUCCCUCGAGGCAACUUUAGAUGUAAUUACCUCAUGCAGGUUUUUAAGAUGUAGUUCAAUCAUCCAACAUACCAACACGAUGGGGAGAAACUCAGCUAGCAGGCUCUAAAAAAGAAAUCCAAGUCAUGCAAAAAAUGUUUGAAACAAAAAACAAUCAUCUCAAAAUCUAAGCAUAACCAGACAGUGUGUAUAAGUGCUUCUUUACACUUCAUAACUAGUAAACAAGCUAGUAAAGCAUGAUAGUCUAGCUAAUAAAACAACAUGAUAUGAUAUUAUACUUCACAUGUGCCACAUGUAUCUUAAAUUGUUAAGGUACAUUUAUAUUAUAUCUAUAAAACAAAUGGAAAUAAGAGUUUUUCUUGGUCAGGAGCAACAGCAAAAAGUGUCACAACGAACUUUAACUAACUUUCAGCAUGGCCAAUGAAGGAAUAUUAAAUCCCUAUAAUCAAACUCUUCUUGUUUUAAAAAACCUGUUCUGCCUUCGGCUGUAUCCCAUUUUCCCCCUCAGUCUGUUGAGGGAAUUGAAUGCAAGGUAACGUGGCUUCAGAGAAAUGUCUGUAAUUGAUUCAAAUGGUUUUCUUGUGCUUGGUUUAAGAUAGUGUCAUAUACUUAGAGUUCCGUCUUUGUGUAAUCGUUUUACAAAUGUGUGUUGUGCUUCAGGAGAGUUACAGCGCUCAGAAAGAAAUGCUCAGAUUGGAUGGAAUGAUAGAUAGAGGCUAAUGCUAGCAUAGCUGGUCUGUCAUGUAGCCUGACGAGUCUUGUAUUUUGCUGUAUUUUCCUGUAUUCCUGUCCUGUAUUUUCACACGCAUGUGACCCUGUGACUGAGGUUGCAUUUCCUGUUGAUGCAUUCGCACUGAUUCAAUAAAGCUUGUCUAAAACAG